AACAGAAGAAGAUAAAGAAAGAAAAAAAGAAAGACCAGUUCAGAUUACUAUUUACUCCUUCAUCGUCAUCAUCAUCAUCAUCUUUGUCACUUUCCUUCAUUCACCAGUAUUAACAGAGAGAGAACGAGAGAGAGAGAGAGAAUCCAAAACAACAACAAUGUUCAGAGAAUUACAACUUUAUCAUUUUUACCUGUUCUCUUGUUAACUUUCAUAUAUAAUUUUCAUUUUCUCUUCAAUUGUGAUUAAAUUACGUUCUCUUGGUGUGUAUCUAACUGUUCAAAUUGAGCAUUUAUCUUCAUCGGCCUUGAAUUUUAUUCUCCAUCAUCAUCAUCUUUGCUCUUCUCUCUCUCUCUUCAUCAUUUCCUCGUUCUUUUCAUUCUGGUUGUUCAUCACAAUUUUCAUCUCUUUUUCAUUUCUUCCUCACUCUUAUCCUGAGCUCUAUCCUUCAAUUUUACCUGAAAGAGAACCAGAAAAAAAAGUGAUUCCAAAUCGAUUCUAUCUGAUUAUCGGUGUUAAUUGUUAUCGUUACUCUUUAAUUUACAAAACAUUGUUAACUGUUAAUUUCCAUUAAUUAUCAUGAAAGUAUAACAAUCAAUCAGAUACCAAUUUGAUUGCUUAUUCAUUUUUACUUUUCAUUUGGUUUUCUUUUUAUGGUGAACAUUGUUACACCUUCAGCAUCAGUUUCAAUGCUUUUGGAGAUUGAAAAAUUGGUCCUCGAUGAGAUAUCUGACUUUACACCUCCCAACCAGGGGGUGAACCUUUGUCCAGCUCCGGAAGGACAUCGAGAUCCAAUUGCUAAAUUAUUAUCAUCAAGCAGAAAAAAGCGAAUUGGAUUUAAUUCAAAUUGUGAUUCAAUGAUUAAGAUGAUGAUCCAUUGUGAUUAUGUUGAUUGUGAUGAGGAUGAAGAGGAAGAGGAAGAUGAUGAGUAUGAUGAAGAGGAGGAUGAGAAUGAUGAGAAUUCAGAUUCAAGGAAUUAUCAUGAUAAUGGGAAUGAAAUUGAUUCUAAUUGUGGUGAUGAUAAAAGAAGAAGAUUAAGAAGAAGACGAGGUGAAGAAGAGAGAGAAGGACGAGGAGGAGGAGGAGGAGGAGGGGAAGUUGAAGAAGAUGAUGAUGAAGAUAAAGAAAAAGAAAAAGAAAAAGGUAAAAGAAAAGUAAAAGGAAUAAAAGUUGGAACUGGAAUUCGAAAUAGGAUAAGAAGACGAAGACCAACCGGUAAUACUACUGUUGAUACAAAUUCUGCUCUCGUUGAGAUGAAUUCACAACUUUUUCUCCAUGAAGAUGAUUGUUGCCUCUCACCUGAUCUCGAUUCUAGGUCUGGAUCACCAUCACCAGUUCACCUUAUUUCAGGUCCGAAUGGUCAUCGGUCAAACAGCAACAAUAACAGAAAUAGUGAUCAUGGUGUCCUUCAUGAAACUGAUCGUAGGGAGCAAUUGAAUAGUCCUGAUGUGAAUCAAUUCCUAACCCAUGAACCUCCUGAUGGAUGUGAAAAGGUUAACAUAGUGAAAGAUAUUUCUAAGAAAAGCAUUCGACCUUUGAACUCCCUGUCCCAUGUCGUCCUUGCCCCAUGUCCACAGAAACCAUGUAAUCCGGGGUUCGUUUUACUUCCCAGUCAAAGUUCAGCGUUUUUACCCUUGAAUCGACCUUCAAGUGACCAUCUCACCCAUUUGGACAAUAUAACAAAUCGUCUUAACAAUACAGAUCUAAUCGGUAAUGAGUAUUAUCAGUCAAUCAUUAACAAUAAUAAUAACGAGAGCAACAAUUAAGCUAAUUGUUUGUUGAUCAGACAAAAAGCAAGGAUCAAAAAUCACAAUCAAAUUGAGGAAACAAAAGUAAAUCAAUCAACUUGUUAUCGGAUCCUGAACAGAAUCUCAAUUAACUAAAAAUACUAAUUACAAUUAACGAUUCAUUUUGAAUUUUCGACAAUUGAUUUUCUUGCUAUUCUCUUGAUUUUUUUAUUUGAUUAAAUAUUGGUGACAAUUAAAAUCAUUCAUAUUAUUGACUAUUGA